AUGGCUGAAGACCUUAUUGACUGGUCUGAACUCUCUGAUUUCGAAGAGAUUGGCCAUGGAAGCUUUGGACAGGUAUUUCGAGCAGAUUAUCUAGGAACUGAAGUCGCAGUCAAGGAGUUUCUACACAUUGGUCAAGGGUUCGACUUUAAGAAGUACAUGACGAGAGAGAUGACAAUUCUGAAAGAAAGCCGUCACCCUAACGUCACGAUUUUCAUGGGAGUCAGUCAAAAUGGCGAUAAGCUCUACAUGGUGACUGAAUACGUACCAGGUGGAGACCUGAAAUCUUACCUGGAAGACACUUCAAAGACAUGGACGUGGAGACAAGUUAUUUCAUUUGCUACAGAUGUUGCUAGAGCUCUCGCCUACCUGCACGCUCACAACAUCAUACAUCGGGACUUGAAGCCAACGAAUCUCCUACUAACCGAAAACAAGCGAAUCAAAAUCUGCGAUUUCGGAUUCGCUCGCCAAACCGCCAAAUCCAAAGAAGACAAACGUGCCAUGUCAUAUUGCGGAACAGACGCAUACAUGGCACCCGAAAUUGUGCUCGGGAUGGAAUUUUCCGUCGAGGUCGAUAUAUUCUCAUAUGGAAUCGUCCUUGCCGAGCUCGCUACACGACGAAUCGCAGAUCCUGAUCACCAUAUCAAACGAGUUAUACCAGGGUUUGGUGUUGAUGCUGAUGAAAUCAGGGGCGCUGUACCAUCCGACUGUCCACCGGAUUUCUUGAAUCUGAUACUGGAGUGUACGGAAGACGAUCCGGAAAAGAGGCCACAGUUGAAGGAGGUGCUGAAGAGGUUGAGGGCUGUGGAGGCGGAGCUGCCUGCUGAGGAUGAGAUUCAUUUGGGGAUGCUUAGUGGAUCACUGCUCCGCUCAAACACGAGUGGACUCGCCCUCAACAAACAGUUUGCAGCAUCAUCUGGUUCGCUACAGUCAGCUGUUGAUUCGCCUUUGAAGAGCAAUCUCUCAAAUCCUAGUAGUGUUGACGACUUCAACUCAAUCCAUUUGGACCGCUCUCCUUCUCAGGCCCAACCAACUGGUCUUGCAACAGGCAGUAUAAGACGGAUUGGGCAUACUAUCCCUCAUCGAUUCACACUCCUCCGAACACCCACAAUGGUCCGCUGCGACCUCUGUCGCCACCGUGUCGGCGUAAUGGAACGCCACCUAGUCUGCGACGACUGCAACUCCAUCUUCCACAAACGCUGCGCCAUAACAGCUCCAGCCUCAUGUGGUCUUCCCGUCGAAGUCAGAGAAUCCAUGAAACUCUUGGCGCCGUCCGUUGAUGCGCUCGAUCUGACUUCAUCACCUGUUUCAGACAAGUCGUCGAUUAAUGGGAGCAGCCCGUCUGUGAGGCUUGAAAUGACAAAGGGGGAGGGAAUUGGGAAGGUGCUGGCUAGUACGUCGCCGUCGAGGGAUUUUACGACUUCCAUGUAA